CAUUUCUGUGUGGCGCUGCGUUCAAUCAACCUCGAACUUACACAAUGGAUUUUGAGUACAAAAUUUUGUGCUGCAACGUGGCAGUCGAUGUGGCCAUAUUAUGCUCAUUAGAGAUAAUUGUCAUUGUGGCCACAUAUUUAACAGGCUUCAAGCACCCUUUAAUGACAUGCCAGUCAUUCAAUGUUUCAAUUCUUGAACGUUAUAAUGAGCCUACAGUACUUUCUCAACAUAAAAUAUGCACAACCAAUGGUCCCCUUGUUUUCUGGAUUAUUAUUCACCUUUUCACUGAUCUAAUGGCACUGAUCUCAAUCUACACAAAAAAUACAAAACUUCUUCUUGGCUUCCUGGUUGUGACGUCCAUGGAUCUACUCGUAUCACUUGCUUAUGUCGUUGUACUGCUUGCUUUCAUUGUACUCAAUGAACAGAUUGACAAAGUUAUGAUAAUGUUCAUGGGUGGAAUGGUCCUCUUCAAAAUUUACGAGAUUCUUACUGGACGGCGUCUUUAUUGGUAUCUUCUCUGGCUUCAAGACAACAUGAUGGCUCCCCGUUCAGCGCUUAUUAAGAAUGAUGAUAACAGUGUUUUUCAGUUUUGAGUGAAAACUGAUUUUUCUUUUAACGAUUUAAUAAGUUUUCAAUAAUAUUUUGUUUUUCUAAUCCGUUUGUGUUCUUUCAUAAAAGAUUGCUAAACACUU